GCCAGAGCCAGAGCUGAGCCCGGUGACAGCGCCCGCUGCCUCAAGUCUCCUCGCGGCUCGCUCGCCAUGGCUGGCCCGCAGCAGCAGCCCCCUUACCUGCACCUGGCCGAGCUGACGGCGUCCCAGUUCCUGGAAAUCUGGAAGCACUUUGAUGCAGACGGAAAUGGGUACAUUGAAGGUAAAGAGCUAGAAAACUUUUUCCAAGAGCUGGAGAAGGCAAGAAAAGGCUCUGGCAUGAUGUCAAAGAGUGACAACUUUGGGGAAAAGAUGAAGGAGUUCAUGCAGAAGUAUGACAAGAACUCGGAUGGGAAAAUCGAGAUGGCAGAGCUGGCACAGAUCCUGCCGACUGAAGAGAACUUCCUGCUGUGCUUCAGGCAGCACGUGGGCUCCAGCGCCGAGUUCAUGGAGGCCUGGCGGAAGUAUGACACAGACCGAAGUGGCUACAUCGAGGCCAAUGAGCUCAAGGGCUUCCUGUCGGACCUGCUGAAGAAAGCCAACCGGCCGUAUGAUGAACCCAAGCUCCAAGAAUACACCCAAACCAUACUCCGGAUGUUUGACUUGAACGGGGAUGGCAAACUGGGCCUCUCAGAGAUGUCCAGACUCUUGCCUGUUCAGGAAAACUUCCUGCUGAAAUUUCAGGGCAUGAAGCUGACCUCAGAGGAGUUCAAUGCCAUCUUCACAUUUUAUGACAAGGAUGGAAGCGGCUACAUCGAUGAGAAUGAGCUGGACGCCCUUCUGAAGGAUUUGUAUGAGAAGAACAAGAAGGAAAUGAACAUCCAGCAGCUCACCAACUACAGAAAGAGCGUCAUGUCCUUGGCCGACGCGGGAAAGCUCUACCGAAAGGACCUGGAGAUUGUGCUCUGCAGUGAGCCCCCCAUGUAAAGAAGGAGACGUGGGAGCUGCUUCUCCCGCCCCUGCCCCCCCAAACCCUGCCCUUGCUCCUUGACACUUCUCCCCAAACCAGAGAUCGUGAGCACCCUUCCCCCCGCCCCAGCAACCUGCACACUUCAGCUUGCAAACAGGGAGGGGAGAUGGAGAGCGGUGAUGGACGGGACUCUCCAG